UGAUGACUCGGAUUUCCUUCCUACUUAGGCCCAGCAGCCAAUUUGUUUUGGAAAGGGAGGGGCUUUUAAUAAAUUGCUUCGCUUGUCUACACCCAGUGCAUUCCCUCCAUUCUUUAACUGUUUCUGUGAAGUCCAAUCAAGGACUUCUUUCCGCUGAUGCUUUUUGCAUAUUCCUAUUGCAGGUUCCGGGCCUACAAGACGAAAUUCCUCUCCUUUUCUUGCAAGGACUUUUUCGUUGCCUUUAAUUCCCUUGACCAGGGACCCACACUAACCAGUUUUUCUAACGCCUGUUUACACUCCUGCACUAGUGUGGAGGUCACUUUGGGAGACUCUAUUGCUUGUAGUGCCGACUGUCCAUCCGAAUAG